UCUUUAUAAACAUGGCCGUUAAGUCCUUUACAGCAUCAGGUACUGCGUUUGGCUGAAUUAGUUAGACUUUGAGGAAGCCACUGAGGGUAACUAGCACAGUAACAGGUGGAAAGAAAAUGUAGACACACAACCGGGGGCUCUAAAUUAUUUACAUUGUUUUACCUCUGCGUGGGAACGACAUUUAUAAACUUAAUGUAGUACUUUAAGCUAGCUAGCUAACGAAGCUAACGCCGACGUCUCAACGUUAACUUCUGUCAACUUUUUCAGCCAGCGAGCCUAAUCUGCUACUUGACUGCUUAUCGAAAUGGAGGAGUGCCCUCGGUCGCCCAGUCUGUCUUGAUGAAUAUUUCACACUCGGACAUCUCGGAUUUACUCAGCUAAAGGCUAACCCAAACUUUCUUGGAGGUUUCCUUUUGGUUUGUGUCUUUUUUUCCUCACUGGCAGCAGCCGAGCGCUUGCCAGGCGCCCGUUCAGGAACAUCACCGAGAGGGCGGACAUAAACAAUGUUCUCUGUCAAACCCAUGAAACCAACCUUCAAGUGUUAUCUUCCUCCUGUACAGACUAAUGUGAAGGAAACUAUUGAACCGCCUAUCAAAAAGUUGGAGCCUAAGUUACUUCCAGGGGAGAUAGUAGUUAAUGAGGUAAACUUUGUGAGGAAAUGCAUCAGCACUGAAAGCAGUCAGGAUGAUCUUUGGGGGAAGUUGAUAUGCACCAACUUUAAGGUCUCCUUCAUCCCUCAGGAUGCCCCACCUAAACAGAAGUCCCAGUUGUCCCACCUGCUGCUCGGAGAGCACGACAUCCCCCUGACCUGUCUGGAACAAGUAGUUACAGUGAAUGAUACAAAGGGGAAAAAGAAAGUGUUGGGGUCAAAUCAGAAGCUGAAGUUUAACCCCACUGAGCUCAUCCUGUACUGCAAAGACUUGCGCAUCAUAAGGUUCUGCUUUGAUGAGGCUGGGCCUGAGAGUGCCAAAAAGGUUUGCCUUGCUAUCGCCCACUAUUCCCAUCCAGCUGAUCUUCAUUUGUUGUUUGGCUUUGAGUAUCAAGGACGGCGAUACCAUGAAUCUAAAGAGGAGCGAGUCAAUGGCUCCACCCCUCGAGGAGGAAUACAGACCCCUAUUUUUGACCGUCCAUCUGACUGGGAUCGGGAGAUCAAAAGAACGGGUGCUUCAGAGUGGAGGGUGUGCUCCAUCAAUGAGAAUUAUACCAUCUCACCAAGUCUUCCAGAGUAUACUGUGGUCCCAGUUUCUCUGGCAGAUCAAGAUCUAAAGCGGCACUCACUAUUCUUCACUGAUAAUCGCAUCCCUCUCUGGUGCUGGAAUCACCCCAAUGGGAGCGCUCUUGUCCGCAUGGCCAGCAUAUGUGAUCCAGCACAGCAGAAGAAGAUUGAGCAGAAGGUCUUUAAUGCCAUCACAAAAAGCCACCCACAGCGAAGUGAUGUCUUCAGGUAUGAUCUGGACAAGUGCCUGCCUAACAUCCAAGACAUCCAGAGUGCCUUUGUCAAAGCUAGGCAGAUCUGUGUUAUAGAUCCUUUUGAGGAGUCUGAGGAGAGGUGGCUUUCCUCCAUUGAAAACUCACGAUGGCUGGAGCACGUCAGGGCUGUUUUGAAACAAUCAGCUGAGAUAGUCUACUGCCUGGAUGGAAAGAAUGCAUCAGUCAUUCUCCAAGAGGAAGAAGACAGAGACUUGAGCUGUGUAGUGUCCUCAUUGGUGCAGCUCAUGUUGGACGCUCACUAUCGCAGCCUCAUUGGCUUCCAGAGUUUGGUGCAGAAGGAGUGGGUGAUGGCUGGCCAUCGCUUCUUGGACAGAUGCAACCACUUAAAAAGGAAUGACAAAGAGGAGUCCCCACUGUUCAUGCUGUUCCUGGACUGCGUGUGGCAGAUAAUGAACCAAUACCCAGCAGCAUUUGAGUUCACAGAGGCCUAUCUGACAGUACUGAGUGACAGCAUGUGGAUCCCCCUCUUCAGUACUUUCCUCUUCAACUCUCCCAAACAGCGUGCACAGCACUUAAUGGACUUUGCCAAGAAUAAAGCCAUCCCUCAAGGAGAAGACCAGGUUUUGUAUUUCCCUCCUGUUUGGGACUGGUCACAGCAGUUCUCCACCAAAAACCAAACCCUCUUUAACAACCCCAUGUACAUAGGCAAAGGAGCUGCCUGUGUUCAAAAUGGGGAAGUGAAAACCUUCAGACGCACAAAGCAAAAAACCUACAGUUCCACAUUGCGAGGAACACCAGCCUCUUUGCGUAAUGGACUGAAAGGUGGAGAGGAUGCACUGCCACGACGGGGCUCUCUGGUGUCAGAGCUGAAGCCUGAUUUCUCACCAGUGAAAGACGAAAGCCCAUCAGAGCGCUUUUUCAGGGACUGGUUCUCUCAACCUGCUGACCAGCAGGGCCUCCUGAUUCCUUUGCUCAUGCCCUCACACGUGGCUCUCUGGAAGCUCUUCUUUCUUCGCUGGGUUCCUGAAGCCUGCAUUCCCAAAGGAGGCCCCAUCACCGCCUACCACAAGCUCUCCCAACUGGUCGAUGAAAUUGAGAUACUGCAGAGCCAGCUCAGGCAGUAUAAGGGACCCAGUCCGGGCACCACGCCACUCCCCAGCCCAAGUGGCCCCCCUUUAGACCAAAGGAGAAUGUAUUUUAAGGCCUCUUCUCCGAAUGACUCCCCUACACCUCCAGACUUCCUUACCUCCUCCUUUCCUUUCACCCCAAUGGGAAAUCUGUGCCGCCGCACUGUCCAUGGGACGCCCAUUAGCAAAUUUCUGAAUGGGGCAAGGAUCUGGCUCUCAACAGAGACUCUUGCUAAUGACACUGUCUGAGGAUGUGGGGCUUUCAGGCUCACUUUUCUGAGCCCAGUACAGGUCUGCUUAACAACUAAUCAUUUUAUUUUCUAUUGCGUCUUUCUUAAAUACCAAGAAGGAAAAUGAGAAAUAGAAAAAUGUUACUUUUGACUUCUGAUUUUUAAUUAUUUAUAAGCUAGAAUUUGCACCAUUGAUGCUGCAUCAAAAUCUGAGGUAAUUUCUAAACUAAAGUGUUGUCUAUCGUCCAUUACAGCUGAGGAAUUCAGAUUCACUGAAGUGCAUCCUCCUUAUUGGCCAGUGAGUUGUUACUGUGAGCUGUCCUCUGACUGUGAAAGAUCAUCAUCUUCAUUAUAGAUGCAUUUUCUUGUCUACUCUUGUCAACUGCUUUUUUUUUGCUGAGCUUACUUUAUGACCCACACAAGGAUUGCUUUUCAAGAUUUUAAUAUUGAGUUGAGAUAAGGUUGAGAACUCCCUUUCUAAGACUUACCUGUGAUUUACUGCACAUUUUAAAGCAAUAAUUGAAAUUCAACUAUUUAAGUAUGUGUAUAACAGCAAUGCUAUCAGUUGUUCUUGCUUUGAAUUCUCAUUGGACAGUAAGACUUCUUCACUGUAAUGGAAUAAUGAUACUUGAAAUUAGAAAAUGCUCCUUUUUAUUGCAGCAGCAAUGAUGCAAUUCACUGAACACUGAUUUCCCAAUACUCCAUUAAUUUGUGCCUUCCAGGAAAUUUAAUUGAAGAUGCAAUGUUUUACCUGGUCUUUUUUUCAGAAAGAGGGACAGAAAAUAACACUGCUAACAAGUAUUUACUUUGUGGUAAAAACAAAAAGGAUCUGGCCUGGUUGAAUGUAACAGGGCGUUUUUUUGGAGGGGGGGGGGGUUCGCACAAACUUAAUGCUAUUUGCUCCAGUUGCCCAUAUUUUAAUGGUUGUGUUGGGGUUUCGCUGUAAGUAGCAAAUAGUGUGAUUUCAGGGUCUUGCUUUGUAGAUGUACUCUAUUUUUCAAGCAGAGAUAAGGGCCUAUAUUUUUAGUAUCAUAAUGUAGGUGAUACUUAGAGGAAAGUGGAGCUGUGAGGACUUCAAUCUGUGGUAGAUAUUUCCUUUUCUCUUUUGAAGGGGUUUUUAUUAAACUUUACUAGAGGCCUUCUGGUAAGGCUCUGAUGAGAAACUAUUCAGAUUAUCAGUACCUGAAAGGGUAAAUAUUUGAAAGCAAAGGGACAGACGAGGGCUGUGACUCAAACCGGUCCCUAGUUAAGUACGUAGUGAAUAUUUUCAAGGCCGCACAUGAAAAAACUUCUGCGUAAAAUCACCUGGAUAGCAAGUAUCAUAACUACACCCUGUGUAUAAUUUUGACAUCUCCAAAUGAAAUGACAGUAAGGGUCAUUUGUCUACUCACUUCAAUAUGCAAUGUGACUAGAGAGUGAAAAGCCUUCAAAAGAACGGUAGCAUUAACUGUACACACUAUUCAACAUACUGUAUGUGGCUAUAGCAAUACUUUUGUAAUAUCCCUUGUGUUUUCUUCAUUUUCCAUGUUGCUCUGCAUAGAGGAGUGCUAUAAUAGAAAACAAGCAGUGAAGUUACUGUACUUCCAGUCAAGAUAGUUAUAGUGUCUGCAAACAUGUGACCCUUCCAGUACUCUGCAAAUAUGUUGGCAUUUGGACCCCUUAAAAAUGUCUCCCUAGGAAGUUCACUAGCAGCUGAACUAGGGACUGGUUUGAGACGCAUCUGGUGAAAUGGAUCAGUCAUCCAGAGCCCCUUUUUAAAAACUGGUAAGAAACAAGCAGUGUGUAAUACCUUAAUGUCUUAAAAUAACAACACAGCAUUUAUUAUCCAAGCUCUGUGUAAUUGUAGUAUAACACCGUUGGACAGAGUCUGUCCUACAAUUACACAGGGGUAUUGAUCCUUAGAUGCUAGAUUGACCAGUUUCCAGUGAUAGUCAGAUACACUCAUGAUUAUUUGGCAAUAACUAGUUCAGGUGUUUUUUUUUUUAGUAUAGAUGUGUAUAAUGUGAGUGCAAACCUGUUCUCCUAAAUGCUAUUCAUUGCACAUUUAACUCAAUAUAUAGGAUAGUUUGUUUCAAGGUGGUUUUUGAAUAUAAUUUUGGCAAAUAUUAUAAAUACUGUAUAUGCUUGAAAUUUUCCAAUUAAUAUUUUUGAUUAAUGGUACUAAAUAACUUUUAUCCUUAAUUUAGUCUUUAUAUUUUAUGGAGAGAUAUUUAUAUGCUGUUUUCCCACUAAUUCACAAUGUUGCACUCUGCUGUAAUUGUAUGAUGACUGUGCUUCCACCAUGGCACAGUUUGAUAUUGAUCACCAGCAGAUGUAUUUAUUCAUUUAUGCAAAUGUUCUCUAAGAGGGAUAUAGUUGCUACUGUAAAUCCCCUGUGCCUUUUUGGGAAGAUUGACCAUUUUUUGUAACUAUAUUCUAAAUCUGUUGACUUAUCUGUUGACUAAAAUUGCUGAUUUUUAUCAAUUCUGCAAAUCUAGUUAAAUUCAGAGGUACUGCACUGAAGCUGUUUUUCCUCACAGAAAAUAAGGCUCAAAUGUGUACCAGUAACCAAUCAUUACAUUAUUUUUCAAAUGAAA